CCCAGGCCUUCCUCCAGCGUGACUCUUUGGGUAACUCAUGGUGUGAGUGGCACGUGGCUGGCUUAGGUGUUUGGAGAGUGAACGCCAGGUACCGCCUCCCCUGCUCCUCCCCACCGACCUCUGGGACACGCCCAGCUCCACAAUGGCAGCGGAGACCCUCAACUUUGGGCCUGAGUGGCUGAGGGCUCUUUCCAGUGGUGGCAGUGUGGCCUCCCCACCCCCGUCCCCCGCCAUGCCCAAGUACAAGCUGGCGGACUAUCGCUACGGGCGCGAGGAGAUGCUGGCCCUCUACGUCAAGGAGAGCAAGGUCCCUGACGAGCUGCAGGACAAGGAGUUUGCUGCCUUGCUGCAGGAGGAGCCACUGCAGCCCCUCGCGCUGGAGCCGCUGACUGAGGAGGAGCAGAGAAACUUCUCCCUGUCAGUGAACAGCGUGGCCGUGCUGAGGCUGAUGGGGAAAGGGGCUGGGCCCCCCCUAGGUGGCGCCUCCCGUGGCAGGGGCAGCACACGGAGCCGAGGCCGUGGCCGUGGUGACAGUUGCUUUUACCAAAGAAGCAUUGAAGAAGAGGCGAGAGGCGGUUUGAGAAAUCGGCCAGGAGAGAUGGAGCACGCUCCGGGUUUGAUGAGGGAGGGGCUGGCCCGAGGAAGGAGCAUGCCCGCUCAGAUAGCGAAAACUGGCGUUCUCUCCGAGAGGAGCAAGAGGAAGAAGAGGAAGGCAGCUGGAGACUCGGGGCAGGACCCCGGCGAGACGGUGACCGCUGGCGCUCCACCAGCCCUGAUGGUGGCCCCCGCUCUGCUGGCUGGCGGGAACAUGGGGACCGGCGUCGCAAGUUUGAAUUUGAUUUGCGAGGGGAUCGAGGAGGGUGUGGUGAAGAGGAGGGGCGGGGUGGGGGGGGGAGCUCUCACCUCCGGAGGUGCCGGGGGCCUGACGGCUUCGAUGAUGACAAGGAUGGGCUCCCGGAGUGGUGCCUGGACGAUGAGGACGAAGAAAUGGGCACCUUCGAUGCCUCCGGGGCCUUCUUGCCUCUCAAGGUAUCUGCAAGGAGACGAGGGGGAGAUUUUGUUAGAGGUUGGUGGGCACCUGCCUGCCUCAAAGCGGGGGUCCUUUCACGGCACUCUAUUCUCUGCCACUCAUCUCCCCGUCGUAUCCCCCCGCCCCAUGCAGAAGGGCCCCAAGGAGCCUAUUCCUGAGGAGCAGGAGCUCGACUUCCAGGGCCUGGAGGAAGAGGAGGAAGAACCUUCCGAAGGGCUGGACGAGGAGGGGCCCGAGGCGGGUGGGAAGGAACUGACCCCACUGCCUCCUCAGGAGGAGAAGUCCAGCUCUCCGUCCCCACUGCCCACCUUGGGCCCACUCUGGGGAGCUAACGGGGAAGGCGAUGACCCAGUGGAGAAAGACCUGCCUGCAGCUGAAGGAGAUGACAUGAGGGGAAUGCAGCUAAGUCCUGGGGCGGGCUCACCGCCUGGCCCACCAGACCUGGAAGAUGAUGAAGGCUUGAAGCACCUGCAGCAGGAGGCAGAGAAGCUCGUGGCCUCCCUGCAGGACAGCUCCCUGGAGGAGGAGCAGUUCACGGCCGCCAUCCAGGCCCAGGGCCUGCGCCACUCUGCAGCCGCCACUGCCCUCCCCCUCAGCCACGGUGCGGCCCGGAAGUGGUUCUACAAGGACCCGCAGGGCGAGAUCCAAGGCCCCUUCACGACCCAGGAGAUGGCAGAGUGGUUCCAGGCGGGCUACUUCUCCAUGGCCCUGCUGGUUAAGCGGGGCUGUGACGAGGGCUUCCAGCCGCUGGGUGAGGUGAUCAAGAUGUGGGGUCGCGUACCCUUCGCCCCUGGGCCCUCACCUCCCCCGCUGCUGGGAAACAUGGACCAGGAGCGGCUGAAGAAGCAACAGGAGCUGGCAGCAGCCGCCUUGUACCAGCAGCUGCAGCACCAGCAGUUUCUUCAGCUGGUCGGCAGCAGCCGCCAGCUCCCGCAGUGCGUGCUCCGGGAAAAGGCAGCUCUGGGAGACCUGCCGCCGCCGCAGCAGCAGCAGCUCACUGCGUUCCUGCAGCAGCUCCAAGCUCUCAAACCCCCCAGGGGCGGGGACCAGAACUUGCUCCCGACGAUGAACCGGUCCUUGUCGGUGCCAGACUCGGGUCCCCUCUGGGACAUACAUACCUCAGCCUCACCACAGUCAGGCGGUGAGGCCAGUCUUUGGGAUAUACCAAUUAACUCUUCGACUCAGGGUCCAAUUCUAGAACAACUCCAGCUGCAACACAAGUUCCAGGAGCGCAGAGAAGUGGAGCUCAGGGUGAAGCGGGAGGAGGAGGAGCGGAAGCGCCGGGAGGAGAAGCGCCGCCAGCAGCAGCAGCAGCAGGAGGAGCAGAAGCGGCGGCAGGAGGAAGAGGAGCUGUUCCGGCGCAAGCAGGUGGGGCCCGGCCCACCGCUGGCUUGGGGUGGGCACGGGGGCAGCCCUCACAGCGGCUUCUCUCUCCAGGCGCGGCAGCAGGAGCUGCUGCUGAAGCUGCUGCAGCAGCAGCAGGCGGUGGCCGCCGUCCCCGCGCCUCCUGCACCCAGUUCCCCGCCUCCGCUAUGGGCUGGCCUGGCCAAGCAGGGCCUGUCCAUGAAGACGCUGCUGGAGCUGCAGCUGGAGGGCGAGCGGCACCUGCAUAAGCAGCCCCCGCCUCGGGAGCCAUCGCGGGCCCAGGCCCCCAACCACCGCGUGCAGCUUGGGGGCCUGGGCUCUGCCCCCCUGAACCAGUGGGUAUCUGAGGCCGGGCCGCUGUGGGGCGGGCCCGACAAGAGUGGGGGCAGCAGCAGCUUGGGACUCUGGGAAGACACCCUCAAGAGCAGUGGGAGCCUGGCCCGGAGCCUGGGCCUGAAGAACAGCCGCAGCAGCCCAUCUCUCAGUGACUCGUACAGCCACUUGUCCGGUCGGCCUGUGCGCAAAAAGACGGAGGAGGAAGAGAAGCUGCUGAAGCUGCUGCAGGGCAUCCCCCGGCCCCAGGAUGGCUUCACCCAGUGGUGUGAGCAGAUGCUGCACACGCUGAGCACCACGGGCAGCCUGGACGUACCCAUGGCUGUAGCGAUCCUCAAGGAGGUAGAAUCCCCCUAUGACGUCCACGACUAUAUCCGUUCCUGCCUGGGGGACACGCUGGAAGCCAAAGAAUUUGCCAAACAAUUCCUGGAGCGGAGGGCCAAGCAGAAGGCCAGCCAGCAGCGGCAGCAGCAGCAGGAGGCUUGGCUGAGCAGCGGCUCCCUGCAGACAGCCUUUCAGACCAACCACAGCACCAAGCUCGGCCCCGGGGAGGGCAGCAAGGCCAAGAGGCGGGCACUGAUGCUGCACUCGGACCCCAGCAUCUUGGGGUACUCCCUGCACGGACCUUCUGGUGAGAUCGAGAGCGUGGAUGACUACUGACCAGCCCGUCCCACCAGCGCCCUGGGCUGUAGGCCAGGGGCAGCAGCAGCGGCUUGGACCCCUGGGUCCCCAGCCUACAGGCUCCCCACGGGGAGCAUAGGAGGAAGCAGGGGCAGGGUCCCCAGCACUUGUUACAAACCACACGAUGCACCUUAACUCACCCACCACGAGGCACUUUACAGAUUGAGGGGGGAAGGGUUUCGUUUUUGUUUUUUUUUGGUUUUAAUUUUAAACGACAUUGAAGGAAACAUAGGAGAGACAAAAAAAAAAAAAAUGGUUAAAAAGUAGACUCUAACCACUCCCUUUCCCUUUGUUGGAUAGUGGGAGUGAUAAUGGACGAUCCACAGAGGUUUUUGUUUUUGGGUUUUUUGUUUUUUUUUGUUUUUUUUUUUAGAAAAAAAGAAAAACAACAACAAAAAAAAAUGGUUAGGAGACUGAAAGUAAAAACACACUGUUAUUUGGGGCAGUGGGGACAUGGGCCCCACGGACCUGUCCUGCCUGGCCCCUGAGGCUGCACUUACCCUCCCCACCCCAUGAGGUGGGCCACUGGGGUAACUGGAAGCUGGGGCGCCAGCAGUUUGCACAGCGAGGCCCCCUCAGCCCCGCCGGCCGGACCCGCUGUGAACGGCCCCCUUGUGCUGUGACUGUGGCAGAGGGGUCUGGGGCCGGGGGGCCUGGCCCGAGUAGCCCCUUGGCUUUGCUGCUUCGGGGAAAGUUGCACAAAUGCGCGAGGCCGCCUCAGCGCCCCAGGCAGCCAUCCUGCGCCGGCUGACGGAGUGAAUGGGAGAGGGCCUGUGGUGCCAACCUCAUCUGGCUGUCAUCAGGCCAGCAGAACUUCCACUCUGGCCCUGGUGAGGGGCUUCCCCCGCGCUGCCAUUCAGGGGGCCGGCUUGGGUAUGAAGCUGAAAGGCCCAGCUCCCUGCCUUGCCACAUGAAUGUAUUCUCUGGGCCACGAGCCCCUGCUGCGCCCCCUGCCUCAACCCUGAGCAAGGCUGGGGCAGAGCAGUUUCUCCAGGAGCUGGAGAGAGAGGCACCACUUAACCGACUGUUGUUUCUCCUGUGAAGGGGGCAGAGGAGGGGCCAAGGAGGCCACAGGAGUGGGCCGUUGGGGGCUUCAGGCUGCAGCGCGGGGCUGUUAGGAGGGAGCCCCCCAUCUGCAGCCGCGUGUGUGGGAUGUGGACCACCCAGCUCUGCCCUGACCCCUCUGUUGACCAAAUGGGAGAGGAGCAAGUGGCCUCUCCCCUCCCUGCUCCCCUGAUGUUUUUAAAUGUUGGGUAAGGGUGGGGUGUCAAGAAUGGGAGUGUCUGUCUCUCCUGGGUCGGGGUAGGCUGCCCUUCACCAACUUCUUAUUCCCAAUCACCUACCUAGGUUUGUCUCCAUUUGUGGGUUUGUUGUAUCUUUUGAGUUUCUCAUCUAACUUCUCCCAUGGACCUCAUUGCUCAGAGCGCAGUAUUAGGGCAAGAUUCUGCCACUGCCUCCCCUCCAUGAAUGUAUUUAUCCUUCCUGUCCUGGGGAAAUGGGGAGUGGCCCCUGUUUUCUUUCCCCAUCUAUCCCCAGAGAGACGACCUUUUUUUCUUUUUCUUUUUUUUUUUUUUUUUUUGCACCAAAGUGGCAACUGGGUCAGUGUUGGGGGAUAAAGCUGGCCUCGGGGGUGGAGGGGCUCCCUCCACCUGCUUCUCCCUGGUUUCAACAGUGUUAGCAUCCGUGAAAAGACAAUAUUGUAUUCUCUCUAAAGCAAUAAGGGGGUGAUGGGCCAGGGGGAAACGUCUUGCUGCUGCUGGCCCCCCAGCUCCCCCUCUCCUCAAGCCAGUGUUUGGCGGCAUUAGAGGUGUGGGGGGGAGUACUGUCGUGACUGAAUGUAACUGCCCCCGCCCCUGCCGCAGCCAAUGCAGGGGAGGGGGGGUGACACUCUUCCCCGUCUCUACCUUCCCCUCCCCCCCAGCUAAAGAGGCUUUGAAUUUAGGGGGCCCUUGAGCCUGGAGAGGCCUUAACCCUGUGAGGAAGUGUAGGGGGAGCCCUCUCCCACCCCCAUCCCCUUCUGAGAGUGGUCAAUGUUUACAAGCCCCUGAGCCCCCCAGCCCAGGGACUCAGCCCCUUGCUGUCCUCCCCUAGCCCGUCUUCCUGGGCCCCAGCUGCUCUCCCGCCCUUCCUGGGGUUGGGGUGGGUGCAGGGGUCAUCCUGUAUCCCAUCGUCUGCCUUGUACCCACAAUCUCCCCCACCCCAUGUGACCCUUCUCUUCUACCUGCCUCUGUAAAUACUGCCCCCCCCCCCCAAUAAAACUUGGUGUGUGUUCUCCC